ACUCACUACCAUCAUAAAUCUGUAAUCAGGUCUGUGAAGUGAUUACUUAUGGAGGCGUAGCGAAUUUUUAAUACCCAAAUAAAGAAAACAAACUAGUGAUUUUAAUAAGCUUGCUGUAUUUUUAUUUAGUAUUAUUAGCUUGUCAGGCAAAAGAUCUACAUUGGAAAGACUUGAUAUUAUUACGGUGCCCUGUAGCGAAAUCCGAUAUGUAACGUGUAUAUUAAAAGUCUAGCCUCGUUUGAGGUAGCGCUCUGCUGACGACUUCAAUCAUUCAUGGCUUAAACAUUUUAAUCUGAUUUUAAAAUAGAAGGUAGGGCAUUCAGAAAUAUCAAGCAAAUAUCUCAGAAUGGCAGAUAAAGAGCAGGUCAUUCAAGCUUUAAAAGCCACUCUCCUUUCAGUGAAAGGAGCUUUAACAAUUAAACAAUGUAACCGUGACUACCGUGAACUGCAAGGAGAAUGGAUCCCAUAUAAGAAAUUAGGUUAUGCCACACUUGAACAGCUAUUUCAAGAUGUCUCAGGCUUUAAAAUUACACAAACAAAUGGGGAAUGGGUUGUUGACGCCAUUGCAAGCCAGGAUACCCAACACAUAGCAUCAAUGGUUUCAAAGCAAAAGUCAACUAAAAAGCAGAUGUUAAAGUUAAAUUAUGCUAAUCGAUUCCCGAAGAAACAAGGAUCUUGGCGGAAACCAGCACCAACAUCAAAUUAUUCAUCAAACUAUAAUAACCAGUACUCUAACCAGUAUUACAGAGUUAAAUCUACCACACCAUUUAAUAAUAACAGUUACAAUUAUAAGUAUAAUAAACAUAGCACUCAUCAACAAUACAACAGAUCUAAUGACUCAAAGAGUUCAUCUCAAAGUAUUAAAUCAGCUGACCAGCAUGAUAAGAGUGCUUUAAAUGCAUCUAAAAGUUAUAACUCCAGCCAAGUUCUACGAGAAACUAAUAGCCUUCAUAAUGAACAAAAACAUUCCAUAAAAAUUGAAAAAGAGACUGAAGGGAGAGGUAGUGGAAAGAUUUCAGCUUCUCAAAGACUUUCAAAUUUGCGCGAUAAACUGAAUACAGUUGAUUUAAUACCAUUGCAGCUUCCAGCACAUACUGACUUUCUGAAAACCAAUGUGUUGGUGAGUCAUGCUGUUCCAGCACAUGCUUUAGAACCUCCACCAGAUUCUACAUCUUCUAUUGAAAAAUUAGAAUGGACUUGUCGUAAACUAGGAUUGCCCCAACCAGUGUAUAAAACUGUUCUAGGACAAAUUGGCCACCUCUGCUCCAUUAAGGUGGGUACUACUUAUUCGGUGAAUUCGUAUCCGGCCUCGGCGCCAUCUGAGGAAUUAGCCAAGGAGAUCACGGCAGUGAAGGUGCUAGCGAUGAUCGAGAGCUCUGAGUCGGGUGGGCUCACCACGUCUAGCGACGCGCAGGCGUUGGUCGGUCUCAGCGCACUCGUGGCGGAGCACGAGGCUGGCCUGUGGGCUAACACAGUGCCUCACCUCUACAGAGAGAAAUACGGAGAAAAUUUACCUAAUAAUUGGUUGCAAUUGAUAGAAAAUUGUCCGCACAUUAUCAAGGAUAGGGUUGUUAAUGGGCUUCUAGUGCUUCUACCUAACAAUGAGGAAGCUAAGUCGCCAUUGAUCGAAGUUAUUGCCCUGGAUGACACAAUAGAUAGCGACUUACCGCCACUACAAUUUCCAGAGAAUGAUCAUUGGAAUGUUUUUAUAACUGUUGCGAAUUCUACUUUAGAAGUAUGGCUCAGAAUAAUCGGACCACAGUACAGUGGUGCAUUCGAACUUCUCUUGGCAGAUAUGGUUGAAUAUUACCAACACUCUGGAACAACUGUUGAUAAGUCUAUGUUAAUCAAAAACGCUUGGUAUGUGGUAAACUUGGAUGAUGGCGAAUGGCAUCGCGCUAAAAUCCUAGAAAUUGAGAACGACACAGCGACCGUUUUCUUGGGUGAUCACGGAGACGACGAUACCGUUGAUAUUGGGAAAAUCAAGAUACUCGAACCUCAAUUUAGAAAAUUACCUGCUCAGGCGAUCCUCUGCCGGCUGGACGGCGCGGAGGAGUUGGCGGCGAGCGAAAUGGGCGCGGUGCUGGUGCGGCGGCGCCUGCCCGGGGAGGUGCUGGUCGCAGAGCCGGGCCCGCGCCACGACCCCGCCGAUCCGUCCGUGGCCGUAGUGCUGUUCGACACCUCCACGCCGCGCGACCUCGACCUCAACAAGGAGAUCGUACAGGACUUCUGCAUGUCUGGCGCCUUUCAGAUCACACAGAAGCCGUGCUCGGUGGAGGUGGGCUGCGUGACAGAGGAGGGGCGCGUGUGGGUGUCGCGGGCGGGCGGUGCGGAGACGGUGCGGGCGGCGCUGGCGUUGCUCACCGCCGGCCCCUACCGCCGCCCGUUGCCCGCCGCACCGCAUGCGCCGCCCGCGCUCUCCAAGGCGCUGUACAUCGUGCGCACGCUUGCUGGCGACUGGGUACGCUGCAUGGUGAUCAGCGGGCUUGACGGCGAGGGUACUGUGCGUACGCAGCUCAUAGACAGCGGUCUUAUCCUGCGCGCACCGCUCUCGUCGCUUGUGCCGCUAAACACCUUUUCACCCGCACUCAACGAGUAUCCGCCACAGGCGCAACAAGUGCGUUUAGGUUCGGCGGAGCGUGCGGCGAGCAGUAUGGUGCCACGGCUGCGCGAACUGUUGCUGGACGCGUGCGUUCUGUGCCGCGCUGUGCCCGCCUCGCCCACCCACACCUCCGCGCUCACCCCGGGCGUCAUGCACGUGGAGUUGUUUGUGCGCACCGGCCCGAGGAACAUUUUGGCCUCCGUCAACAACUCCAUACUCAUGGAGUACGAGGAGCUGCAACUCGCUAAACCAAAAGAAGAGGAAAAAGAAAACGAUACGACAAAGCAUCUUGAAGCGCUGCACAAGAAGAAAGAACGCAUUUUUCGAACGACGUCUGUUGGCGCGGAAGAGCGGAUUGUAGUGUCUGACAAGUCCAACCCACUGCCGCCGCCCGCACUCCCUGAGCCCGGCCAGUGCUUCGACGUCUACGUCGCUAUGGUCGCCAACCCAUGGAACUUCGUCGUACAACCCAAUUGUACAAGACAUACAUUACAAACGAUGAUGUCUACUUUGCAAGUAGAGUGCCCAAAGAUACCAGAAUCGGAAGCACCAGUAAAGCCUGUUAGCGGAGAACUCUACACGGCCUACUAUGACAAAGAUCACUCCUGGUACAGGGUGACAAUUGCGGGCUCCGUGUCUGAUGAAAUGGUGUCAGUGUACUUUUGCGACUAUGGCGAUCUGGCGCUGUUAGAGACUGCGGCAUUAAGGCCUGUACCCGCCGCCGCGCCGCUCGCACGCUCUUUACCGCCGCAAGCCAUCAAGGCCAAACUUUACGAUGUUAAGCCUCUUCACCAAGACUGGACUGUAGAGGACUGCAUUAGGUUUCAAACGUUAUGUGUGGAGCAACAAUUUGUCGGUGAUUGCAAGGAGGUUGGCAAAGAUCCGCUGAACCCAACAGAACCUCUGCUUACGCUCAAUUUGAUAGAUACGUCCACAGAGGAAGACGUUUAUUUAAACAAACAGUUAGUCGCCGAAGGCAUGGCGCGUCUUGCCUCUGCAUCUUAAAUGUUACAGUUGUAUUUAUACUAUCGUUAGAACAUCACUGUAGCUUUGACUAAAAAGU